AUGUUCCCCUGCCACCCCCAGAUCCUAUACCGCCUGUACCGGAGCGGCCUGGGCCGUGCGGCCUACCAACGACCGUCAACGACCUUCAUUGUCGGUCUCUUCAACCAGCUACAGCGGGGUGCCAAGGUCAAGGUUGGCAGCAGAAGGGAGACGGUCACGGACACGAUUCGCAGCUUCAGCGGUCAGGUGUCCCGGCCCUCUAGAGGCGGCCAGCCCGUGCUGAGGUACAAAAUACCGACCCUGCCGGAACAUGAGACGCUGAGUAACGCGGAAAUUCGUUUCCUCCGGAGGUCCGUGGACGCCUGGAACAUUCCAGACACGUACGCUCUCAAGGUCAAUGUCCGCAAAAACCGGAAGCUGGUCCACAAGUUUGUCAUACGGGACCACGCCCCCUCCAGUCACGGGUAUGACGUGUUUGACGUCACCAAUCACAUCCACCCGUGGAUCAACCUCUUCCACGGGAACGUGACGCUGUACAUCCGAGUCAUGCGUCAUCAGCACAACGUGACGUCAAACAUGGAGUCACUGAUCGCGCUGUACCUGGAGGACAAGGAGUUUCUCAACACCCUGGGGCUGACUCAUCUGGUCGGCUCUACUGCACCUGCUCCUGUAAACGUGCGACCAAGACGUGACGCCCACCCCUGGGCGCUCCCCCAACCCCCCGUCAGCCCCGGCAAGUGGCGCCGUAACGGCAAACGUAAGCCUUGCCAGCUCUACGACUUCGAGGUCGACUUUGACGCCAUCGGGUGGGGCCAGUGGAUCGUCCACCCCAAGAAAUUCAACUCACGCUUCUGUUUCGGGUUGUGCCAACCCCCGCUGGACGCCCAGUACCAACCCAGCAACCACGCGGUGCUCAAGUCGCUGAUGCGGCUCAGAAGGCCCAGCUCGGCGCCCGCGUCCUGCUGUGUGGCCUCCAAGCUGCGGCCCAUGAGCAUGUUGUACUUCGAGCUUAAUGAGAUCGUUGUGAGGCACCACGAGGACAUGAUCGCCCACCAGUGUGGCUGUACCUGA